GCCUGUACUUGUGCGAACAGGACCACACGCGUAGCAUGUGCGGCUGCGAGAACCGCGACCUGCCCACCACGUCCAACAGGCGGGGAGCCAAGGCAUACCCCAUUUGCGAAGAGUCGCGGGAGGAGUGCAUCAGGGAAGUGAAGGUCGUCAUGGGACUGGAGUCAGUGGAGCAUGACUGCAAGUGCCACAGAUCAUGCGUGAAUGUCGAGUACCACAGGGAGGUCUCGCGAGCUGCGUUGCCGGAUUCUUUCGGCACUGGACCGGAUGGGAGAAAAAGGGCCUUGGCUCGCAUUGGAAUCUACUUCGCUAGAGACACCUACCUCAAGGUCACUUCCGUGCCGAAAUAUAACGGAGGCCGAGUGGUGAGCAGCAUCGGCGGAAUCAACGGCAUGUACCUAGGCGUGUCCUUCUUCGUGCUCUUCGGAAUGUUCGAGACUCUGGUGCGGGCCGUCCGGCUGCUCUGGCGAAGACCUUUCGCCACCUCGCGGCGCCGCUUGUCGAGACGACGAGGAGGCCGCCAUCAAGACGAGAAAUACGGAGUACACGAGUUACCAGACCUCACCGGUGCCUACAAGGGAAGGAGAACGCUCGACAACUGCCCUGACCUGCCAAUCAGACACCGGGGAGGCUACUUCCGCUCCCGCAUUUCUGUUCCCCAAGUACCCUAUAGUCGUCCCGAGCAAAAUGUGUGGAGUAACCAUGAUCACGUGACCGGAUCUCUUUUCGGACGACACGAACGUCAGCGUCAUCUCGACUUCAAGUCACUGGACGUGAGGUCCACCCUGCUGCCUGGAUUACGUGGGCAGUACGUCGAGGAGCGUGGUCUGCAUGAUUAAGAAGCUUUAGUGCAUACAAAGUAUUAUUAUGCCAUAAGGGCAAGUCAU